AUGAACGGCGAUACCGGUUUUGCGUGUGUCCCUGAUGGCGAAAAGAGCGCACCUCAGCCCAUUGCCAUCAUUGGGUAUGCCUGCCGGCUGCCGGGGCAGGUCACAUCUCCCAGUGAGCUGUGGGAGCUAUGUACCCGAGCUCGCAGUGGCUGGUCCCCCAUCCCCGAAAAUCGAUUUUCGCUUGAGGCAUUCCAUCAUCCCAACCCUUCGAAGGUUGGCGCAUUCAACCCGGUGGGAGGCUACUUCUUAGAUGAGGACAUUGCCCGCUUUGAUGCUCCCUUCUUCAACCUUACCGUCCAAGAGGCGACAUCCAUGGAUCCCCAGCAGCGUCUGCUGUUGGAGUGCUCGUAUGAAGCUUUGGAGAGUGCUGGCAUUCCAAAAGAAAAUCUUGCGCGCCGGAACGUGGGCGUCUUCUCCGGUGGAAAUUUCGCCGAUUACGAGCUCAACAAUAUGCGCGAUAUUGAGACCAUCCCCAUGCAUCAAGCCACCGGUUGUGCGCCCUCCCUACAAUCCAACCGCAUCUCAUACUUCUUUGAUCUACAGGGGCCCAGUAUCACAGUGGACACCGCUUGCUCUUCAUCUCUUGUAGCGCUUCAUUAUGCAGUACAGAGCUUACGAAGUGGAGAGUCAAAGGAAGCUCUAGUUGCUGGAUGUCGCCUCAAUGUUGUCCCAGAUCUUUUUGUUUCUAUGUCUAUGUCACAACUAUUUAAUGACGAGGGUAAAACUUACUCUUUCGACGAGAGGGCCACGUCCGGAUUUGCACGUGGCGAAGGUGCCGGUGUCGUUAUCUUAAAGCCUCUUGAUGCCGCAAUGCGUGACCGCGACCCCAUUCGAGCAGUCAUUGCCAACUCCGGAGUCAACCAAGACGGGCGAACAAAGGGAAUCACACUGCCUAACGGCGAAGCUCAGGAGGAUCUCAUUCGACGUGUCUACCAAGAUGCCAAUUUAGACCCGGAGGAAUGCGGCUUUGCUGAAAUGCACGGUACUGGAACAAAGGCUGGCGAUCCCAUCGAAGCAGCAGCGAUUCAUGCAGCCCUUGGAAAGGGACGAACUCCGAGAAAUCCGCUCUACAUUGGAUCUGUCAAAUCCAAUAUCGGCCACUUGGAGGGCGCAAGUGGUAUCGCUGCAAUUAUCAAGGGGGCUAUGAUGCUUGAUAGAGGUCUCAUGCUUCCAAAUGCCGAGUUCCGCAAGCCAAACCCUAAUAUUCCCAUGGAUGAGUGGAAUAUGAAGGUUUUAACCACCACCCGGCCCUGGCCUUCUGGCAAGAAAUACUUGAGCGUUUCCAACUAUGGCUUUGGAGGAACGAACGCUCACGUCGUUCUUGAGAAAGCGCCUUUGGAAUCUAAAGCUCCAACUGAGGCAGCCGAAGAUGUCGAGGUGGACCCCAAGCGCAAGCUGUUCCUGAUUUCUGCCAAUGACAAAGAAUCUCUACGCCAUAGGAUCAAAGACUUCGGUGUUUAUUUCGAGCAGCAUCCUGAAGUCUUUGAGAAAGCCCUCUUCGGCAAUUUCGCUUACACUCUUGGAAACAAGAUGUCCCAGCUCUCCUAUCGUGUGGGAGUCUCGGCGACCUCCCUGGAUGAGCUUGGGAUGCGCCUUGCUCAGCUGAAGAUCAACCCAUUCUUGGUCCUUGGUACUCCAAUUCUGUCAUUUGUCUUCACUGGCCAGGGCGCUCAAUGGGCACAGAUGGGUAUCCCUCUCAUGCAUGAAUACCCUGUCUUUGCAUCUGCCAUCACACGAGCCGAUAAAUGUUUACGUGACCUUGGAGCGGAAUUCUCUCUCCUCAAAGAGCUCGAGAAAGACACUGCCACUUCCCAAAUCAAUUCUCCACAUCUAAGCCAGCCGGCUUGCACGGUACUUCAAAUUGCACUCGUCUGUCUCCUGCGGUCUUGGGGUAUCCGGCCUUCUUCAGUGGUUGGUCACAGUUCUGGAGAGAUCAGCGCAGCCUAUGCCGCUGGAAUUUAUGAUUUGGAAGCAGCCGUGGCGCUCGCAUAUCACCGAGGACAAAUGACGUCCCUGCUCAAGGCCAAAUUCCCGGCCUUGAAGGGUGCCAUGAUUGCUAUCGGUGCUAGUCGCGAUGAUGUCCAGCCAAUGUUGAAGACACUUUCCGGAUAUGCCACCGUCGCUUGCGUGAACAGUCCUUCGAGUGUUACCGUCUCAGGAGAUGUGCCAGCAAUCGAUGACCUCGAACAGGUUCUGCAAGACAAGCAGAUCUUUAAUCGACGACUGAAGAUUGACGUCGCCUAUCAUUCUGAUCAUAUGAAGAAUGUUGCCGAUGUAUAUCUCACUGCUAUCGAGAAUAUCCAGCCUUCUACAUCUGCUACGGCUGCAUUCUACUCUUCAGUCUUUGGUCGUCUCACAGAGCCCUCUGAGCUCGGUCCAGCAUACUGGGUUGCAAACCUGACGUCGCCAGUGUUAUUCCCCGAUGCUCUUGCUAAGAUCAUGUCGGAUGAUGAGACACGACCAAAUCUCUUAGUUGAGAUUGGCCCACAUUCGGCUCUAAAGGGUCCUAUUAUGGAUACCUUGAAGAGCUUAGGUCCAAUUGCGUCGAAGAUUGGAUACACUCCCACAAUUCUCCGUAAUGCGGACGCAGCUGAGUCGGUUCUCGAUACAGCUGCUGCUGCCUACGUGAGAGGUGUUAAUCUUAAUAUGACUGAGCUCAACUUUCCCAAGACCGGUGCUAAGAAUCGCUGGCUCCUGACCAACUUGCCUCGCUACCCCUGGCAGCAUGGUACCCGGUACUGGCAUGAUGCACGCAUUCCCCGGAAGCACAUCACAAGAGACCGUGCCAGAAAUGAUAUUCUGGGCUUGUUGGCAAACUAUUCAAAUGAUCUAGAACCGACAUGGCGCAACAUUCUCCGCUUGGACGAUAUUCCCUGGCUCCGGGAUCACCGAAUGCAGGGUAUUCCCCUGGUUAUGGCCAUUGAAGCUGCCCGGCGCGGUGCAGAGCAACAUGAUAUCUCAUUCACCCACUUUGAGCUUCGAGAGGUGGUCGUUGGCGCUGCACUUUGCCUCGGCGAUGAUACAGACACAGAGCUCACUAUCACCCUUCGACCAUACACCGAAGGUACCCGUGGUGCAUCCGAUAUCUGGAGUGAAUUUCGCGUGUGUUCUUGGAACUCAAAGAGAGCGUGGACCGAGCAUUGCACCGGUCUCAUCAGAACCCGUACCGCCCAGAAGCAACAGGCCGCAGCUAUUGGCAACUGUGCUCAUGCCCAGAGUCAUUACGUGGAGAACCGAGUUGCCAAGGUGAACGCAUCGGCUGUGAACCACAUUGAUAUGCCUCACAUGUACCAGGUUCUCAGUGACCUGGGGGCUGGAUAUGGUCCUACGUUCCAAGAUCUUGAGAACUGUUAUGCCAGCUCUUGUUGUUCGUUGGCAGAUUUGCUUGUCCCGGACACGCGAAGUGUUAUGCCAAAAAACUACGAGUCUCCUCUGACUGUUCACCCGUCGUUCCUGGAUGGGCUGCUCCAUCUUGUUUGGCCGAUCCUUGGACAGGGUCAGGGUCGAAUGGACCUGGACACGCUUUACAUGCCAACGAUGAUUAAACAGCUGAGCAUCAGUCGCAAUCUCCCAACCACUGCUGGUGAAUAUGUCAAAGCCUACUGCAAUGGUAGUCCCAGUCUGCCAAAGCCUGAGCCGACUCAUUUUGAUUUGUUUGCUACCCCUGAAGGCUCGACAGAGGCAUUGAUUGCGAUGGAGGGUCUUAUCAUGACUCCACUCAGAAAUUCCAAUAAUCAUCGUGAAGAGGUUCGCAAAUUGUGCUACAAGAUUGAUUGGCACUCGUUGGCCGAGAUCGAAAAUGCCAAGAAUGAGACCGAAGAAUCCGAUGGUGAGGCAGUACCGAACGGCGAUGGUCAUGUCAAUAGAGCAAAGGUCACGAAUGGACACACAGAGCCAAGAGAGCCGGCUCAUUCCAAUGGCAAUGUUGUCAAGCGACAUGAGGUGUUUGUCAGUCAUUUCGGCAAGUCUGAUGGAACUGCCGAUAAACUGAGCAAUCUGCUGUCUGAGACCCCUGGCUGGGAAGCUUCCGUGAAAACAUUUGGUGGAACAGAUUUCUCCGAGAAGCAUGUUGUCCUACUUCAGACUGGAGCUAGCUCUCUCAGGCACCUCACCGAAGAUGUGUUCGAAGGUCUUAAAAGGCCCUGCUGA